UUCUUGCGUCCGCCAUUUCGGGUCUCGGCGUCACCAUCGCUAAAAAAAGAAUGAAUAUGGAAGGAAUUGAUCGAAACGCCCUCGUUGAGAAAAAUUAGAAGCUGCUCUGCAUCUUAUUAGUUUCAGCAACAUGCCGCCACCUGAUAAGAAAAGUGUGAAUAAAGGCAAAACCAUACUGCAAACUUAUUUAAACUCAUUUGAUAAGGAAAAUGAAACAACAGCUACUGUUAUUGCUGUUAACGGAGGUGGCGAUGAAGCUGAUACAGGAGUUACUUACUUUGUGGAUGAGGAAUGUCGGUACUAUUACCAGCCAUCUGGAGAUAACCAAAAUCUGGUCUCUCUACCUACUGAAUCAGAAGCAGACGACAGUCCAGAGAUACCACAAGAAGCCCAGAUGUUGGUAGAUGGAGAAGCCUAUCAUACGGUGACAUUAGUGCCCUCAGAAGAAAACGGCGAAUUGAGCUAUGUAUUGGUCAUGCAAGAGGAAACAAAGCCAAUAAUGAAUAUUGAUAUUAAGGUAGAUCAGGAUGAAGAAAAAAACAAUGAUGUGUACAAGUUUGACGAAGAAGAAGAAGAAGAGAAAGAGCCUGUAAUAGAAUGUGCGGAUGAAGUUGAGGAAACUAUAAAGCCCAAAAAAACUUUUGGAACGAGAAGGAAUAAGCAUCUUCGGCCGAUUUUCACAUGCAAUUUCUGCCCAUAUUCAAGUCACAGGCGAUACCUUCUACUACGCCAUAUGAAGACCCAUUCGGAAGACCGGCCGCACAAGUGCAACCUUUGUGAACGCGGCUUUAAGACCACGGCGUCAUUGCAAAACCAUGUGAACAUGCACAAUGGUGUUAAACCACAUGUGUGCAAAUACUGCAAAAGCCCUUUCACUACAUCCGGUGAACUGGUGCGCCAUGUGCGGUACCGGCACACGCGCGAGAAGCCGCACAAAUGCACCGAGUGCGACUACGCGUCCGUCGAGCUGUCCAAGCUGUGGCGGCACAAGCGCUGCCACACUGGCGAGCGCCCCUACCAGUGCCCGCACUGCACGUAUGCAUCGCAAGACACAUUCAAGCUGAAGCGUCACAUGCGGACGCACACUGGCGAGAAACCCUACAAGUGUGACCACUGCAAAAUGUGCUUCACACAAUCUAACUCUCUCAAGGCUCACAAACUCAUACACAAUGUAUCUGAGAAGCCAGUGUUCCCCUGUGAAUUGUGUCCGACAAAAUGCGGCCGCAAAACGGAUCUGCGUAUCCACGUGCAAAAACUGCACACUUCGGAUAAACCGCUCAAAUGCAAACGGUGUGGAAAAUCAUUCCCAGAUCGGUAUUCUUGCAAAGUACACAAUAAGACUCAUGAAGGUGAGAAGUGUUUCAAAUGUGAGCUGUGUCCGUAUGCAUCGACCACGCUGCGUCAUCUCAAGACACAUAUGCUGAAGCACACAGAUGAAAAACCCUUCCUAUGUGACCAGUGCGACCAAUCCUUUAGACAGAAGCAAUUGUUGCGACGUCAUCAAAAUUUGUAUCACAAUCCCAACUACGAACCAAAGCCGCCUAAGGAAAAAACUCACACUUGUCAUGAAUGCAAGCGAACAUUCGCUCACAAGGGGAAUCUAAUCAGACAUCUGGCUAUACACGAUCCUGACUCGGGCCACCAAGAGAGAGCACUGGCCCUCAGGUUGGGGCGGCAAAAGAAAAUCAAGUUUGUGGAUGCCAAUGUUAAGACGGACGAUUCCGACAAUGAGUCAGAGGAGAUUAUGAAGUUGGACCUCGGCGACAACCAGCUGGAGCGCGGCGAGCUAUUGACAGUGGCCGACGACGACGGCCAGCAGUACGUCGUGCUCGAGGUGAUCCAGGCGGAGGACGGCGACACGCAACUCGUCUCGGCGCCCGACUACGAAGAAGAAGAGGAAGAAGAAGAAAACAAGGAUGAGGAAGAAUUAGACAAGAAAGAAAUAAUUUACGAGCAAAUUAAACAAAAAGGUUUGGAUAGAACAACCAAGCUUGAAUCAGAUGUGGACACUUGCUUCGGGUUUGAUGAAGACGAAGAACCAGAAGAGGAAGGAUGGUAUAUCCUACAAUGAUAAAAUUGUACUGCGUUUAGUUUAGUCAGUAGUUUGUAUCAAAACAAGUACCUACAUUCUUUUUGAAAGAAAUUAUGUUGUUUG